AAUCUGAUAAUAAAAUUUUAUCAAUAUUGUUCCACUGUUUAAAUAAACCGAUAGUGAUAUGGAAUUGUAGCUUGUUGUAUAUAAUGGAAUAAUACAAAGAUUUUAAUGGAGUGAUUUAAACAAUUUUAUCGUACUAUCCAAUAAUUCAUGAACUAAAAUUAUUCACAUUUUGGAUUGUACAUUAUGGAUAUAAAAGAUUUUCAAUUCUAAUGGCUUUAUUGAAUAUGUCAUGCUGUCUUUACAUUGUUGUAUUAUAAUACUCACACUACAGACAAAAUUGUUUAUAUUAUUCUCAUUUAUGUUAUGCGUUAAAACGAAUUUUAUUAAUUAUGGAAUACAUUUAUUACAUGCCGAAUCUUUUGGUUCGUCAUCAUCAUCAUCGUCACUAUCAUCAAUAUCAUUGUUACGUACGGACAGGUCAAAAUUAAAUGUAUAUACUGUAGAUUUUAUGCUUCCAGACGAAUUACCUCAAGGUCAUUUUAUUGGUAACAUUCCAAAAAAUAUUCCGAAUUUUCCAUUUUAUAAUAUACUCAAUUCCUCAGUUAGUACUACAUUAGUUGAUUCCAGUGGAUUUUUAUUACAAUUAUUUCGUGUAACAGAUAAUGGUGAUUUUUAUACACGAACUUUAAUUGAUCGUGAUAGUCAGGAUCAUUUAUGUGGGCCAUUAAAUUGUUGUCAUUUAAUUGUUUGUAACUUAACAGUAGAUGUUUUAUUUUUUCAUCCAAUUACUGAAUCAAUUACAGUGCAUGUAAAUUUGCAAAUACAUGAUGCUAAUGACAAUUCACCUCAUUUUACACAACAGACAUUUUCAUUAUGGAUACCAGAGGAUAAUCGACUUAAAUAUACUGAUUUAGAUAUUCAAAACAUGCAUAAAAUAAUAUAUGGAUUACCAUUAGCUACGGAUAUUGAUUCUGCACCAAAUGGUGUUGUACAAUAUCGUAUACAUGGUAGUUUACCUGUCAUAUCAACAUUCCAAAUUUAUAGUAAUUUAAGUAUUGAGAAAUUAGGUCUUUUAAUUAAACCAGGUGUUUUUCUUGAUUAUGAUAAUGUAAAUCAACGAAUAUUCAAACUAAACAUUGAAGCAGUUGAUGGUGGUCAUCCAGCUAGAACUGGUCGAAUGCUUGUACUUGUACAUAUUACAGAUGUAAAUGAUAAUAUACCUGUAUUUAAAAAAUCUAGAGAUUCUAUAACUUUACUAGAAAACACUAUGUUUGAUGAACCAAUUUACACGGUACAGGCUACUGAUAUAGAUUCAGAUGAUAAUGGUCUUAUAAAGUACACCUUAUCAUUGACAAACCCAAAUACUCUUUCAUCUGUUAUGGAAAAAUUUACAUUUCAUUCCACCACUGGUGAAUUAUAUUUACGUAAUGUUUUAGAUUAUGAGACAUUUCAAGAAAGACAAAUAGACUUAUUAUUCAUUGCUUGUGAUACCGGUGACCCACCGCUUUCAUCAACAGCCCAGUUAACAAUUUAUUUACAGGAUAUCAAUGAUAAUCCACCACAAUUAAUUAUACAGUUGAAUAAUACAAUUAAGGAGAACAGUGAACCUGGUCAACUUGCUCUACGUCUUAUGAUCCGUGAUAAAGAUGAAGUAUCACGUGACAUGGUCACAUGUCAUUCGGAUCAUUCAAAUCUGCACGUUCCAUUAAAAAUGUCUAUAUCUGAUGAUAAAACAAUGAUAACAGUCAUUACAAAUGCAACGAUUGAUUAUGAAUUAACGCCGAGAUUAUAUUAUACAAUAACAUGUUUAGAUGAAGCUAGUCCAAAACAAAUGAGGCAAUUUAAUCUUACAAUUUCUAUAGGUGAUGUAAAUGAUAACCCACCAAAAUUCAAAUCAUCUACAUUUGCUCCAAAAAUAGGUCAUUAUAAAAUUUUAUUAAGUGAAGCUGAGCCAGUUAAUCAAUUAUUACUAAUUGUAACAGCUGAAGAUUUAGAUAGUGGAGAAAAUGGACGAGUAACUUAUAGUCUAAUGGAAACAGACCAUAAUACAGAAGUACCUACUGUUAAUGCUUUACAAUACUUUAAAAUUGACAGUCAAACUGGUAGUAUAUUUCUAAUUAAACAGUUAGACUAUGAAGAAAAUGACUUAUUACGUUUUAAAGUAUUAGCAGAAGAUAAUCCUAGACCAGCAGAUGGUGUACGUUUGAGUUCUGUGGCUACAGUUAUUGUACAAAUAUUAGAUGUUAAUGAUAAUGGACCAAAACUAAUUAGUUCAGACACUUUAAGUAUAACUGAACAUUCACCAGUUGGUACAGAUUUAGGUUUAUUAAAAUUUACUGAUCCUGAUACAGGACCUGGUGGUCAAAUAGCACAUAUCACUUUGAUUAAUUCAUUCUCACUAACUAAAACAGAUGAGAAACAUUCAAUACAGAAUAAAUGUAAUAUUUUCAAUGAAGGUAUUCAUUAUUUUAAAUUAACUGAUAAUGGCCAUUUAUUAUCGAUACAAUCGAUUGAUCGUGAAGAAUGUUCAAUAAUAUAUUUACCUAUUUAUGCAAUUGAUCGUGGUCUACCAAAUCCAAUAACAAGCACUACAACAUUAACAAUACAUAUACUUGAUAUCAAUGAUAACAUUCCAAUAAUUGAAAAACCAAAAUUAGGUGAAACAUUAGUUUAUCAACCAAUAAAGUUAAUCGAUUGGGAUAGUUUAUCAUUUUAUCAGUUAACAAAUAAACAUGAUAAAAUUUUAAAUUAUAAACUACUGAAUAACACAUAUUUAAAACAAAAUAUUAAUAAUAAAAUGUCAAGAAAGUAUAUUUAUAGUAGAGUGGCAUUUCAAUUACAAGCGAACGAUUUAGAUGCUGGUGAAAAUGGACGUAUUACAUAUCAACAAAAUACUAGUUGUAAUGGUUCAAAAUAUUUUCAUUUAGAUGAAUUUUCUGGAGAAUUUCGUGCACGCUUUAUUGAUUAUCAGAAAUUAUCAACUCCUGAAUUAAUUGAAUCAGAUGCUAGACGUGGAAUUUAUCAUCUAUGUGUACAGCUGACUGAUAAUGGUAAGCCAUCAUUACAAACAACCACUUGGUUUUAUGUUCAAGUUAUUGAUCCAAUCAUGCCACCUAGUGUACACAAUAUAUGGCCAGCUGAUUCAGCAAAUGAUAUGGAUUCUUUAUUUUCAAAUUUUUAUAAUACAACAAAUUCUCUAUGGUCUACAGAUUAUUUUGAUACAUCAAAAUCGGAUGCAGUACGUCUACCUAUUGAUAUGAAUAUCAGUAAUAUUGUAAUUUCUUUGUUGUUGGCCAUUUUUGCCAUUACUAUUAUUUGUACAUUGACAGCUGCAAUCUUAUGGGCACGUACUAAACGACGAUUUAAAAGAGCACAUAGGAAAAUUGUAAAAUCUAACUGUACAAAUAACACCGUUAGUAAUGAUAAUAAUCUAAAUACAAAUAACACUACUAAAUCCAAAUUAUCAAACAAAAAUAAUAAACAAGAAAACAAUAAAACUAUAAAACUCUCUCAAAUAAGUUCAAAAUUCAAGCAUAAAAAACUGUAUCAUCAUACUGACACUGGUAGCACAAUUAACCAAAUUCAUAAUAAAAAUAAUUAUUAUGGUAGUUGUAGUAGUAUAUCCAGCAAUGAUAAUAGUAAUGAUACAUCUUGUAACGUGAAAGUUGACAAUCUGUGCAAACAAUUAACAACUAAUACUGAAACUGUAAAUACUACUACUGAUAAUAAUGUUAUUAGUAGUCAUAAUUAUGACAUUAAUAAAACUAAUAGUCAAACUGUUGUAUCUUGUAUAAAAUCUCCAAUAUUAUAUGCAUCAGUGAGACAUAAAAAUGAAUUUGAAAAAAAUACAUCUAAAAAACGAUUUUCUACAGGUUUAUUUCAUAGAAAUAAACUAACAAAUAUAAAUAGUGAUAAUAAUUAUGUAGCAUUAAAUAAAAUUCAUUAUACUUCAGCAUAUUCUGAAAAGCCUCAACAUUUACCACAAGAACAUAAACAAGUUGGAGAAAAUAAUACUCAUAUUGAUUCUGACAAUUCAUAUCUUUUACCCUGUGAUCUUAUUUCAAUCUGUCCUAAACACAAUUUCACUGAUAGUGAUGAUAAUAAUAAUCAUAAUCAUAAUAAUAUUGAAAAUAAUAAUAACAAUAAAAAUAGUUUUUAUACUAGUGAUACCAGUGAGACACCACCAACUUGUUGUUCAUUAAUGACUGUACAGUCAACAAGUCCACAAUUGAAAUAUUCAGAAAAUGAUAUUUUUCAUCAUUUUCAUUAUGGAAAAGAAACACUAUCAAGUCAACAACAUGAUCAAUUAUAUUCAUUGCCAUGUCCAACACAUUUUGUAACAAUAGAUCCUGAUAAUAUUGAACUUAGAUCAAUCAAUACUAUAAAUUCAAUAAAUGAAAGGAAAUUAAAUUAUCCAACUAAUCUACUUUCAGAAAGUAUGAUGACAUGUUGUUCAACAUUUCCCAUUGUCAGCACGUUAUCCAGAGGAUGUCCAACUCAUGGUCCACACUUAAUUUUACAUCAUGAUGAACACAGUAACUUUUCAUCACCGACAAGAAUUUACGCUGUCAGCUCGGUAUUAGAAUCAUUUGGUAAUUUUACAACGACAAUAACAACAUCACCUACUUCAACUACUACAAAAAUACUAACUGAUCAAACACAAACUGCAUAUGAAUUAAGAUUAGAACCAAUUUUAUCUGAUGUUACAUUAACAUCAACAACAUCGACCACAGAUGAUGAUGGUCUCGAUGUUGAAAACGGUGAUAAUGAACAUCGAAUAGAUAAUACAGGAACAAUCUCGUGGAUUCCUGUUUCAAUACUUACUGAAAAUUUUACUACACCUAUUCAUCAUUCAGACUUUAUUUGUAAUGAGAAUAAAUGACUUAAUACUAAAUAGGUACGGUUCAUUAUAGUACUUAUUAUUGAUAAUAUUUAAUGAUCUAUUUUUGCAAUUUCAAAACAGUAAUUAUUCCUCAGUUUAUAGAAAUAAUUAAAAUUUCAAAAUUAUUUAGGUAAAGUUUCAAUAUGUGAACAAUUACAUAUAAAUAUCCAGUAAGAAAUAAUUUCAUCACUGAUAGGGGAUAAAAAUACUUCUAGAGAAAGCAUUUUGAAACAACAACAAGAAAACAACUAUGGAGAGAAAACUGCCUCUAGAUUUAUAUAUAUAUACAAAUGGUAGUCCUUCAUUCUUUUUCUAAAAAAACAAAAGCAGUAUUUUUUCUUUGAUUAAUUCAUAUGACGUGAUGUAAACUAUCUUAUUAUGAAAAAAAAAUGACAUUUUGAAAA